AUGAAGAGGGCACCACUGCCGUCACCCAGGUCGACCACGGCUGCCCAACCCACCAACGUCACCGCCCCGGACACCGCGCCCUCGCCGACCGCCGCAUAUCCACCAUCGCCGCCGGCUGCGCGCCCCUUACUGCAGCGCCUGCCCCCAAGCGCCCUCGCACGCCACCCUGAGCCCGCACACGAGCCGCCGACGAGCCUGCCGGCUGCGCAGGAGCAGGAUGAGGAGACCACGGACACGGACACGGACGUGGGCGAGAGCGCCGCGGAAGGCGACCAGGAGCGCCAGGAAAGCGCAAUGCGGGGCGGGGUGGAGAGCCCGGAUGAUAACCCGCAGGGGAAGUCGUCGCCAGACGAGCUCGAAAUUGAGAGGCUCCGGAGCCUGCAGUUGAAGGCGAUCCAGAAACAACAGCGUGUGCGGAUGAAGAGCGCAGCAAGCGCAACGGGGUCAAGCCCUCUAGGGGCACGGCGAGUGUCGCCAAUCAAAGAAGAGCCCGCGCCUGCGGCCAGUAUGUCGCCUACGCUGGAGGGAGCUUUCAGCACCCCGUUGCCCACUGGCCAGACCACGUCCACUGAGUCGACGGAAUCCUCGAAGACGAUCCGCGGCAGCGUGCCGCCAACGCCUGCAGCCCGCGCUCUUCGCACGCCCUCGUAUCCCUUUCCCACGGUGCCCAACACGCCCGUGGUGUGGUCCUCGUCCUUCCACCAGCCCUUCACAAACUUGUCCCCCACAGUAUCUGCUAUGUAUGCAAGAGAAUAUGCAGCGCCCAGAGAACGAGUCGCGUCCGAAACGAGCACGCCAGCUGCUUCGGGGACGCCGUUCGCGCCUGGGGAGAGAACGCUCCACAGCCCCAUUGCUGAAGACCCACGCUUCCCGAGCCCGAGUCUAUACGACCUCGUCUUGCUGCUUAACGCCGAACCGGGACUGCCAGCCUGGUGGAAUUACGUGACAACCAUCAUGCAUGAUUGGUACGGAGUGGAAAGAGCAACGUUGGCUGUCCCUGCCGAUGCAUCUGAUAUCGAAAAUGUUCCCUGGGGCCAAAAGACUACUUUCCAUGCCUCCACCCAAGGUGAUAGCCCACGCAUAUCUACGCCUCAAGAGACCAAGACCCGGCCUCAAAAGGACGUACUAGAACAGCCCCAAAGCCCACAACCCACCGAGCCUCGUCAGCAGCCGGCGUUCCCCGUCUUGCCUGAAAAGAGGCCGAAACUUCCAUCCCGUCAUUCAUUUGCUGGCCAUGAACGCCAGAAGGACGAGUCGCCGGAAACUCCCAUCUCUAUGCCACAUGCGCGGCCUCGCGGCCCUCUAAGGACGGUCAGCCAUGCCCCUUAUUCGGCUGUCAGGUCGGAGCAUCCAUUAAGACAAGUAUCUCCAGUAUCAUUUGAUGGGACCGCUCGUUUCCAGUCGACUCCUACGCCGUCCAGAGAGCCCACAUUCAGCGAUCCUGACUUCUCGAGCGUUGGAGGGGAGCUGCCGCCGCCUUCGUCGGUGUUUCCGGUACUCCGCGCCUUAGACCAUGAGCCUGAUGCGCUCAUUGAUAAUGCCGGGAUCAAUCGUGUGCUGGAACGAGGCCGGCUAGUGACACUAACGAGAGACUACUCGACCGCUUUGUCGGGAUCUCGAAAAGGAUCAGUGGAGGCGGAGAAAGAAGAAGACUUGAAGCCAGCAACGAAACCGGCGAAAUCGGCUGGACAAGAAGCACAACGACCAGCCAAUGCACGAUCGCGUACGAGCCCAUCGACAAAGGCUGGGAACAUCGAGCAGACUGAGUUAAGGUUACAGCCUCGCUACGAAGAGUACGAGCAGUUCCCGAGCUCGCCUUGGGCGCAAUCGCCUGCUCCGUCUCCCGCAAUCCAGAAUGAUCCGACCGAGAACCCUUUCUUCGCAACUGGCAAUGUCGAUGAAGAGACGUUUAAUCCGUCGACCUCAACGCAAGAUUACACCCAAUUCGGUCAAGUAGAAGCCAUCGGUGUUGACAAGGCCAGCACCGUAACCCACAUACCACUCAUACAUCCUACAUUGUCGCAGGUCAUGCAACCCCCAGAACCAGCAACCCCUUCGCGGACCCCAUCUAUAUCACGGAGAACGUCCGAACAGUCUGUUCAUUCCACCUCUCCAAGGGAAGAGCAUCACCGGAAAGCACCGAUUGCCAUCCUUUCAAUUCUAUCCCCUAUCGUUCCAUACCCUCGGAACCUCACGAACUCUCUUAAACACCUCGGCCCGCACCUAGCCACAUCAUUCUCCAAUGCUUGGCAGUUCACCAACGCACUAGCCCAGGUCAGCGGGGUCCGCCAGCGGCGGUUCAUGACGGGGCAACAGGUAGGGUUUGCUCCUAUGUCGGACCAGGGCACUCUCGAUGACCUGCUCCAUCUUGACCUUGAGAAUGUCAGCCACUCCGGCGCUGGGAGUGUCACUAGCCCCUCGGAUUACUCUGGACGGUCGAAGCACAGUCCUGGCGGCUCCCUUAGUGGCACACCGGGGUGGGAUCCAUCUAACCUAGGGUUUUCUAGUAAACAUUCCGUGGGCAGUACUCCGGGUCACCUGGCUGGCAGCGAGGCUGUUGAGAGCUACUUCGAUGCGAAGAAGAGAACUACUCGGGCACCCAGCCAUUCAUCCUCCACGUCCCAAGAGCAGACUACACGAAAGCACGAAAAGCGGGCAUCCAAGCGAGCAAGCAUCAGCAGUAUGGUAGAGCGUCUAGACGACGGUACGCCAACGCCACGGAACGAGAAGCCGGCAACAGAAGAUACGCUAGCUGGUCGGCGGUCACGUUUGGCACCGUCGCAGGGAAGUCAACACCGAGCCCAUUCUCUUCUGCAUUCGUAUGGCGCAGAUUUUAGCUCGUCUUUCCAAUCUCUCCCUGCAGCCACCACGCCGGGGAGUUGGACGCCAGCAGCACCCCCUGCUCCUACCAGAAGCGGUCCCGUUGCCGAGUCUGCGGAGUUGCAUAUGCCACCUCCUUCCGAGAACCUCCUGCGAACUAUUAUCGACUCGUUACCUGUGCAGAUAUUCACAGCACUCCCUACUACUGGUGCUUUGACUUGGGCAAACACGAAGUUUCUUAUUUACCGAGGACAAGAGUCUCACCAAGUUUUGCGCGGCCCGUGGGAUGCUAUUCACCCCGAAGAUCGAGACGAGUACCUAGAGCAGUGGAACAAGUCAUUACGCACAGGUCAGCAACUGCAAAAGAAGGUUCGACUGCGGAGGUUCGACGACUGUUACCGAUGGUUCUACGUUCGGGUGGCGCCGUUGAAGAAUAAGCGGCAGCAGAUUGUACACUGGAUCGGGACUAACAUGGACUUCCAUGACCAGCACCUUGCCGAACUGAAUUCUGCGCGCCAACAAGAGACUGCAGCUUCGGAGGCGAAGUACCGAGCCCUUGCAAACUCAAGCCCUCAGGUCGUAUUUGUGGUAUCGAACCGUCGCGGUCUCACCUUUUGCAAUUCACAAUGGCAGUCGUACUCAGGCCAGACCGAAGCACAAGCGCACGGUAAUGGGUUCUUGGAGCAUGUUCAUCCGGACGAUGUUAUCAAAUGCAAGCUUCCUGAGAUGUCCGAGGAUGGCUCUGCCGCUACGAACGUGCCAACGUCGCUACCUACUGAGCACGCACGCCAGGCCUCAUCAUCGUCAUCAUCAUCAUCCGACGAAUCGUCUGAAACCGAAAGGGCCGUUACCAGUCCCGGAAGCUCAUCACCGGACAGACUAAAUAUGCCGCAAGCUAAGCUGUCGAAGCUCGCCAGCACCGGCAUAUUGCGAAUCACCAAAGAUGCCGAUGGCCGCGCAUCUUAUUCCACUGAGGUCAGACUGCGUAACAAAGAGGGCGAGUACAGGUGGCAUCUGGUCAGAAUACUUCUGGAAAAGUCGCUUGCCGAGGACAACGACGAGGAAACCUGGUAUGGAACGGCCACUGACAUCAAUGACCACAAGCUGCUCGAGCAAACUCUAAAGGAGACCAUGGACGCCAAAACGCGGUUCUUGAGCAAUAUGUCUCACGAAAUCAGGACGCCACUGAAUGGUGUCUCAGGAAUGGUGAACUUCCUCCUGGACAGUCCGCUCAACGCCGAGCAACUGGAGCAUGUCAAUAUCAUCAAGUCUAGUACUGACAGCCUUCUCAACCUCAUUAACGACAUUCUGGACCUGUCCAAGGUCGAAGCCGGGAUGAUUAAGCUGACAAUGGAGUGGCUUCACCUACCAUCCCUUCUCGAAGAGGUCAAUGACCUGAACAUGGGGCUAGCCAUCCAGAAAGGUCUUGAGCUCAAUUAUCUUGUGGAAGAAGGUGUCCCGUCCAUGGUCAGGGGUGACAAGUUCCGCAUCCGUCAAGUCCUUUUGAACGUCGUAGGCAACGCCAUCAAGUUCACACAGAAAGGCGAAGUCUUUGUGCGAUGUCAGAUGCAACCUAAGGACCGCCCUGGCUCUUUGAAAGAUAAUGAGGUCGUGGUGCGAUUCGAGGUCAUCGAUACCGGCAGAGGUUUCAACGAACAUGAAGCAAAGUACUUGUUCAAGCGGUUCAGUCAAAUUGACGCGAGCAGUACUAGGCAGCAUGGCGGGACAGGGCUCGGCUUGGCUAUUUCGAUGCAAUUUGUGGAGUUGCACGGAGGUAAAAUGGACGCUCGAAGCAUCCCCGAGAAGGGCUCGACCUUCUUCUUCACGCUUAAGUUUGAACUUCCUACCGCAGAUGAUUAUCCAAAACCACCGCCUCACACGCCAGGGACUCCCGCGGUGGGACCUACGACCUCGGCCCCGCCGUUACCUGUUCAGCCGUCGCCUCUGCAGAAGCCUAUGGUUCCUCAAGUGGCCUCGAGUGUCCGACGAGAGCGAAUAUCAAGCUACUCCUCAGAGCACAGCGAUUCAAUCAAAUCUCCUGUGCCUAGCCUGACCGCCUCCGAACGAUCUCGCGAGUCGCCCUCACUUUCCUCUGCUAGUUCGGACCGCUCACUCACUAGCACCGCACUCACCGGAAAGUCCAGCCUGGGUUCCGAGAGGUCAUCGGCUUCCUCUUUUCUCCAAGAAGUUGCGCACCCGAAGGACUCCGAAAUGAAGCUUGCCCUUCCUACUAGGAGAAUAGGUAGUGAUCGAGAAGCUCCUUCCGAGGAGUCCUCUAUAUCCGUUGAAUCAGACGAAACCGCACGGCCGCCCGACAAACCUCGCAGCCUCUCGCCACUUGGCAGCUCGCUACAGCCACCAAUGUAUUCCAUUUUGGUGGUGUGUCCGCUGGUGCACAGUAGAGAAGCUACGAUUCGGCACAUCAAGAAUACUCUACCUUCGGCAGUCCCUCAUCAGGUCACAGGUCAAGCGAAUCUAGUUGAGGCCCAAAGGAUGAUCGGCGGUGACGAUCCCGUCUUAUUCACUCACGUGGUUCUUGUACUACACGAGACGGCCGAAGUGAUAGCGAUCAUGGAUCAAAUUCUGAACUCGAUAGUCCACGCCAGCACCUCCAUCGUGGUGGUUUCGGAUCCAGCGCAGAAGAAGGAACUAAUGAAGGAAGCUCCGACCUAUGAUUACGACCAGCUAUCGAUUGAUCGUCGGCUUCAAUUCAUAUAUCGGCCUCUCAAGCCUUCAAAAUUCGCUGUCAUUUUCGACCCUCAGAAGGAGCGCGAGUCCAGCACAGAUCGUAACCAGGAUUCAGCGCAGCAAGUCGUGUUCAACCAGAAGCUAGUUUUUGAAGAACUCAAGAGACGGCUUGGUAGCAAAGGUUACAAAGUCCUUCUGGUAGAGGAUAACUACAUCAACCAAACUGUCGUCCUCAAGUUCUUAGCGAAGAUCUCGAUCGAGACAGAAACUGUGCUAGAUGGUGUGCAAUGCACGGAAGCGGUAUUCUCGAAGCCGCCGGGCUACUAUUCGAUCAUUUUAUGCGAUCUACAUAUGCCCAACAAAGAUGGAUACCAAGCAUGCAAAGAGAUUCGGCGAUGGGAAAGGAAAAACAGCUACCGCCGCCACCCUAUCAUCGCGCUGUCGGCCAACGUUCUGGGCGAUGUUUACGCCAAGUGCGUAGAAGCUGGCUUCAACUCGUACGUCACGAAGCCAGUCGAGUUCAAGGAACUUUCCUUGGUAAUGACCAAAUUCCUGGAUCCGGCGGACAAGACAAAGCCGCCGGAGUUUAUGAAACUACGCAGGUCAUGA